UAACAAAUUAUAUAUAUAUAUAAAGACAGAAAAAGGAAAAGGAAUAAUCUAGACUUACCUUAUCCAUUUUAGAUAGAGGAAAAUUCAAAUCAAUAAAAAAGACCUCAGCCUUUCCAAUCACCAAAAGACAAUUAAAACCCUUCUCAGGUUUUGCACUCCACCUAAGAACACAAUCCCUUCCACAUCCAAACACUCUCCUUCCCACGUGCCUUCACGUGACAACCAACUCUCCCUCCCCUUUUAAUCCCUCCAGAUAUUCUGGCAUAUGCUUUCCCCUUUGCCACCUCACCCUUUUCCUCCUCCUUCUAAAUUCCCCACCUCCUUCAUCGUUUCAUUCCAUUCCUUCUCCCAUGGCGGUUUUCUCUAGGUCCAAGCGAGUCACUGAUCCUCUCGAUGACAAAGCCAAAGCUCGCUUAUUCGGCACCCAUCACUUUCAUCAACUCAGUUGUGUUAGCAGCGGCAGUGAGCAUUCCCCUCAUGAUUCCCCUUGUUUAUCCGAACUCGUCCACGGCUUCCUUCACGAUCACCAUCCUCACCAUCCAUCUCAUGCUCCUACCACUUCUUACGAUUCCGACUCUGAUUUCCUCGAUCCCACUCCCGAUCGUGAAAAUCCUCUAGACGAUAUCAUCAGCUCUCUUAAUUCUAACAUUGUCGACUCCUACAGGGAUUUACUUCUUCAGCAUAUCUGUAAUGCGAUCCAUAAGUUCUCACUUCUUAAAUCCAACAAACCUGUGCUUCUGAGAAAUGUUAUGGCGUUUCUGCGUGAGUUAGGGCACAAUGCUGCGGUUUGUAAAACCAAGUGGAGUUCCUCUGGUACUUUAACUUCUGGAAACCAUGAGUUUAUCGAUGUUGUACGAUUCAAUGUUAGUGGUAAGGUCCAGGUUAGGUAUUUUGUUGAACUGGAUUUGGUUUCGGAGUUUGAGAUCGCCAGGCCGACGGCUCAAUACUCGAGAAUGUUGCAGUGUUUGCCGAGGGUUUUUGCUGGUACGGCGGAGGAAUUGAUGAGAAUCGUGAGAGUUAUGUGCGAUGGAGCGAGGAGAUCGCUUCGAAGUAGAGAUCUGUCGGUUUCUCCAUGGAGGAAGAACCGUUACGUACAGAACAAAUGGUUUGGACCUUACCGUCGGACUGUAAAUCCAGUUCCGGAGAAGUCGUUUGGGGGGGCGGGGGCGAUGGCGGUGGCGACGGAGGGCGUGGGCGCGGCGUAUCGAUGUGUAGGAUUUGAAGACGUGAAUAUGAAUCGAAGGUUGUUUGUCCGGACGAGAUGAUAAGGAUUGAAAUGAUUAUAAAUCAGAAUAAAGCAAAAUGGAAAUCAACAACGUGAACAAGCAACCCUUUCUUCUUCUUUU